GGUGAGCCUCCUCCAUACUCAUUAACCUCCAACCACGUUCAUUCUUCGACUACGCAUAGAAAUGUCGAAACGAAAACAAUCUAGACAAGUCGGAGAGCAGCCUGUGAUCUCCUCAUUCUUUACUCAGACAACGCCGUCAAAUACUCCCAGGAAGAGUCGGCCAGCCGCGACUUCGUCAAGUUCUCCUAUUGACUUGACGUUAGACUCAGAUGCGAGCGACGUCGAAGCACCUCGAAAGAGGCAGAGGACUACCACUAGUGAUUUCUUUUCUCCUUCACGCUCAACACCUCGAAAUGCCGUUCCGGGGCCGUCACGUAGCACCAAUGAUGGAGGUGCAGUCGAGAGGUAUCGCUUUGACCCAAUUUCAUCGAAUGAUCAAAAGCAAAAGGACGGCAGAGACGCUCCGUCUCAGAGGAAACGUCGGGAACGUGCCAAGCAGAUACUGCUAGGAGAUAAGAAUGUCUUCGCUCAUGGUGAAGAGGUGGAUGGGUUAGGACAUGACGACGACUUAGAAGACAAUACGCCUGUCAGCCACAAGACGUCAGCUCACAAUGUAGCACAUGAUGAGGACGAAAAGUUCGAAGAGACUAUUUCCUUCUUCACGAAUCCCAAGGUGAAAGGCAAGGGCAAAGCGAGGAGCUCGGUUGCCCCGAGUAGGAAUAAGAAGAGCAAGGAGAUAGGACCGAGUGGUGAACCUUACACGCCGCUUGAGUUACAGAUUCUCGAGCUGAAGCGCAAGCAUCCGGGUACCAUCCUCAUGUUUGAGGUUGGAUAUAAAUAUCGGUUCUUCGGUGAAGAUGCACCUAUUGCAGCCAAAGAACUUGGUAUCAUAGCAUUUCAGCACCGCAACUUCCUAACUGCCUCCAUACCCGUCCACCGUCGGGAUAUCCAUCUCAGAAAGUUGUUAUCCCAAGGUUACAAAGUUGGCAUCAUAGGUCAGACUGAGACAGCAGCUCUUAAGAAAGUCGGAGACACACGUAACGAGCUAUUCGCUCGAGAACUUACCAACCUCUAUACUGCCGCAACGUAUGUUGACCAUCUAGGCUCCGCUGACGAUUUAGAUCCUGUGUCAGUUGCACCAUUGGUAUGCUUAGUGGAAGAGCUUCGUGGUGGUAUGGGUGCGGAUGAGAAAGUGUGCAUUGGGAUGGUUGCCGUGUCGCCUAGUACGGGGGACGUGGUUUGGGAUCAUUUUGAUGACAACCAUAUGAGGACCGAAUUAGAGACAAGGAUGGUCCAUACCACUCCAAGCGAACUUUUACUCCCCCAAAACAAACUAAGCAAGCCGACGGAGAAGAUGUUAACAUAUUUUACUGCCCACUCUACCGCAGAACAUAGGACACGAAUUGAACGAUACAAGAACGACCUUACAUAUACUGAAGCCUUCUCGUACCUCACCAAAUAUUACACUGACAAAUCUAAGCAAGCAAAAGCUUCGGAUGAGUUCAAAUCAGGUCGCCUUAUGGCCGCGGUCUCAGACUUUCCGAAAUCCGUCGUAAUCGCAUUGGCUCACGUCGUGAAAUAUUUGUCCAAGUUCGAGGUGGCAGACGCGCUGUUGGAAACCAAAUUCUUUUCCAAGUUUACGGAGAGAACGCACAUGUUGCUGAAUGGGAAUACUUUGACGAACUUGGAAAUCUAUCGCAACGAGACUGACUUCACGAAGAAAGGUUCGCUCAUGUGGAUUUUGGACCGGACGACAACCAAGUUUGGGGCAAGGAUGUUGAGAAGUUGGGUCGGAAGACCUCUAGUUGAUGCUGUUGCUCUGAAAGAGCGCACGGACGCGGUAGAAGAGAUCAUGCAUACCACUUCCGGAAAGCUGACAAUAUUGCGACAAUUAUUGAAGAAUUCGCCCGAUCUUGCCAGAGGUUUAUGUCGAAUACAGUACGGCAAAUGCACCCCACAAGAGCUAGCGAGUCUCCUGCCGGCUUUCUAUAAAAUAGCCACCGCCUUCAACCCAAACGAUCGUCCUGGGUUCAGGUCUCUAUUACUCAACGACGUCAUCUUCGCUCUUCCAAAGUUGAGAGAGCCUAUGAUAGCUUUACUAGGAGAAGUUAACCUUGCCAUGGCCAAAGAAGGACAAAAAGACAAGAUGUGGAAGGACCUGGAAAAAUACCCUGACCUGGAUAGUUUUACUUUUGAUUUACAAGCGAACGAGUCGGAGUUGGUUGAUGAACUUAAGACUAUUCGUAAAACGAUCAAGAAGCCCGCGUUGCAAUAUACAACCUGGAACGGUGAGGAGUAUGUUGUUGAAGUGAAGAAGAAUGAGAAUCGAGAGAUUCCUGCGGAUUGGAUGCUCAUAUCUAGUACCAAGACAGUGCGUCGUUGGCGGCCACCCAAGGUCAAAGAACUUGUAGAACGUCGGGCCCAACUGCAAGAAGCCAUAGCUCUGGAGUCAAAUCAAAUCUAUCACUCUUUCCUCCAGCGGAUCUCCCAAGAUCACUACGCCCUCCUUCGAGACGCCGUCAACAAGCUCGCUGUGGCAGAUUGCCUAAUCAGCCUAUCACUCCUUGCCCUCCAGCAGGGAUAUAUUCGACCGACAUUCUGCGAUGCGGAAACUGAUGGUGAUGUUUUGGAAAUUGUGGAAGGUCGACAUCCGAUGGUAGAGGCAGUGCGGGAUGAACCCUUUGUACCUAAUACAAUCAGAAUGGGUGCUGGGGAACCCAGGAGUAAGAUUAUAACUGGGCCGAAUAUGGGCGGUAAGAGUUUGACUGUAAGAAUGGUGGCAUUGUGCAGUAUUAUGGCGCAGAUUGGUUCAUAUGUUCCGGCUACCUCAAUGCGGAUGUCAAUGGUCGAUGGUAUCCUGAUUCGAAUGGGCGCUUCGGAUGAAUUGGCCAGGGGACGAUCGACGUUUAUGGUCGAAAUGCAAGAAACCAGCGAAAUACUGCAGUUUGCAACGCGGAAGUCCUUAGUGAUUCUUGACGAACUUGGGCGUGGCACUUCGACCUUUGAUGGGAUGGCAGUCGCCAGCGCCGUUCUUCAACAUCUAAUCCAGAAUACAAAGUGCAAGACUCUCUUCAUCACCCACUAUCCUCAGGUUGCGACCGAUUUGGAGAAAAAGUUUCCCGCAGACGUCGAAAACCGACAUAUGGGAUUCGCAGAAGAUACCAGAAUAGACGGAACGCGAGAAGUUACCUUCUUGUACAAGCUCAUGCGAGGACUGGCCGUCGACUCGUUUGGAGUGGAGUGUGCGCGUCUUGCUGGUGUUCCAGAGAAGGUACUUGAAACGGCCAGUGAAAAAGCUCAAACCAUGAAAGCUCAAGUAGAACGGCGAGUCAAUAGGAACAGGUUGCGAAAAUGCCUGAAGUUGCUCAGAGGCCCAAUGCCGCCAGAGCUUUCCGCGACGUUACAUGACUUACGAAUACUGCUGCAAUAGAUCGAAGCUCAUAUUCUAGAAUCGUAUACCACAGCAUCUAAUCUAGGAGGAUUUGUUUUUAUUGACCUUUUUCCGCUUGGCCUUUUUGGUUACGACCUCCUCGUCACCCUGUUCCCCAUCGUCAGCUUUCCGCUUAGUAGCACCUGAAGAUGGUUUGUUGCUACUCGUGCUGUCCUUGGUGGAUGAUUGGUUGACAGCCCGGAUAACCUGCUUGCAGAGGUUUUGCAGACCUGCGGCCGCUUUCAAGGAGUCCGAUGUGGCAAGAUUCUUGGAGAGCUCCUCCCAGCUUGAGGGAUCCCACAAUGUUGCCAGUUCUUCCGGACUGGAAACAAUGCGCUUACUCUGACGAACCGCUGAAAUUGCUAACUUAAGAAUCUCCUUGACAUGAGCGGCCGUCAGAGACGCCUCGGUGCAUGCUUUGGAGACAGCCGCGAGGAUCGCGUCCCGCAAGCUCGGCAUGAAAGAAAUGAUUUCCUCUUUGUGGUCACCCUAUAUGCAGGUUAGGUAAAAUUGAUUACUGUGUGAGGUCAUCACUUACUAUAGCGAACAGCUGGUUGACCAGCACUUGCAGUAACUGGAAGGCCUGGCUUUGGCGAUAACCAUUAACCGCGGUCUUUGUGACGUCGAUAAGGUUGUUGCGCAGAUUCCACGCUGCACCAGGAUAGCGGCGGAUGAAAUCCUGCAAGAAUGCCGUAUUCAGGCGGGACGCCUUUCGGGUGAUGAAAUCUUUCAGCGACUCUUGAUAGGCCUUGACGACUUCUUGCUCAGCGUCGCCCCGAUUGAGAAGUGUCUUCACAAGAUACAAGCUGCACUGAUUGAGGGUGGCAAGUACAUCCGAUGAUGGUGCCUUACGAGCUCGAACAUGAAGUUCUUGCAGCACCACUAUAGCUUGUUCUUUAUCAACGUCUGCGGGAAUCUCCUUCGAUUUGCCAAUUCUUGAUCGAAGGAUGCCGGUGGUUUUAUCCGCAAGCUGCUUCUCAUCCGAGCUAGUGUCGACGAUAAGCUCAACGAGAGGCAAAAUUACCCUGAUGACGUGCGGGCUGGUAGGCUGCUUCUUCAAAAAGAUGUCCACGAGAUCGAGAACACGAUUCUUGUAAUGCGUAGCUUCUCUUUGAGCAUCGACGCCACCUGUGAAAAAUCAAUGUCACUCAUAAUGAACAUCAAGCGAUUGAAACUGU